CUGUGGACACGCCCCCAUCACGCCUUCCCUCUCGCGCGCCGCGUUUACUCCCACUCUGAACUUAUGCCAUGCACAUUCUUUGAGAACUUGCUCGCUUGUUUCCACAGACAGCGCGAACAGCCCGUUAGGAACUACAGCGGAAAUCUCUGAAAGUCAGUCAUUAUGCCAGAGGCCAGAGGACAGGACACUGUGAUCGAGCCUGCUGAGGAUCCUCAGAUAUGGAGCGAGAAGGGCAAAGGAGCAACGCUAGAGCAGAGAGAGAAGUGGGCCAACAAGACAGAGUUUAUGCUGUCCAUGGCAGGUGAAAUCAUUGGCCUGGGCAAUGUGUGGCGCUUUCCAUAUCUCUGCUACAAGAACGGAGGAGGUGUAUUCUUCAUCCCUUACUUUGUCUUCCUCAUCUUCUGUGGCAUUCCUGUCUUUUUCCUGGAGACUGCAUUGGGUCAGUACACGAGUGAAGGAGGGAUCACAGCCUGGAGGAAGAUAUGUCCUAUGUUUGAAGGAAUUGGCAUUGCAUCUCAAGUUAUUGUGAUCUACCUGAACAUCUACUACAUUGUGGUUCUUGCCUGGGCGGUUUUCUACCUCUUCAGCUGUUUCCAGACCACACUGCCUUGGAUCUCCUGUGUCAAUGAAUGGAACACAGAAUCUUGUCACACGUAUAAUAAAAGCUUGCUGCACUCUGGUCUGCACACAGCAGAUGCUGACUGGUCCUUUCUAUACAAUGAAACAUACAACUACAGUAGCAGUGUCAACUUAUCUGCACCAUACAAGGUUGUCUCUCCAGAGGAGGAAUUCUGGCUUCAUCGCGUGCAGAGGAUAUCCAGCGACGAUACCCUGGGUCCACCACACUAUGACCUGACACUCUGUCUUUUGCUGGUCUGGAUUAUCUGUUACUUUUGCAUCUGGAAAGGAGUCAAGACCACAGGCAAGGUGGUCUACUUCACAGCCACAUUCCCAUAUGUCAUGCUGCUGAUUCUAUUUUUCCGAGGAGUCACCUUACCUGGUGCUGGGACUGGAAUCAGCUAUUACCUGUACCCUGAUAUCUCCAAACUCUCCAAUCCUGAUGUUUGGCGUGAUGCGGGGACCCAAGUGUUUUUUUCCUAUGCUGUGUGUCAGGGGGUCCUCACUGCUUUGGGAAGCUAUAACAAAUACAACAAUAACUGCUACAAAGACUGCAUCGCUCUCUGUGCCCUGAACAGUGGCACCAGCAUCUUUGCAGGCUUCGCUGUGUUCUCUAUCCUUGGCUACAUGGCUCAUGAGCUGUCCUUACCUAUGGAGGACAUAGUGAAAUCAGGUCCAGGCCUGGCGUUUAUAGCGUAUCCCAAAGCCUUGUCUCUCCUCCCAGGCCCUCAUUUCUGGUCUGUCCUUUUCUUCCUGAUGGUCCUCUUCCUUGGACUAGACAGCCAGUUUGUCUGUGUGGAGAGUCUUGCCACAGCACUUACCGAUGUUUUCCCUGGAAUUCUGAGGAAGCCAAAGCGCAGGGAGAUUCUGGUGUUGCUCAUUGCCGUGGUCUGCUUCCUGUUGGGCCUUCCUCUGGUCACUCGGGGUGGGCUCCACCUUUUUAAGCUGAUAGACAUGUACGGCCCCAGUGGAACCAACCUGCUCCUCAUUGCCUGCUUUGAGACGCUUGUCAUUGGCUGGGUGUAUGGUGCGGACCGUUUUUUUGAUAACAUCGAGGACAUGAUAGGAUAUCCUCCCUGCUCUGUGCUGAAGUACUGCUGGCUCUUCAUCACUCCGUUCAUCUGUGGUGCCACUCUUUUGUAUGAUCUGAUCAGCAGUCCAUCACUCAGUGCUUCAGCAGACUUCGUACCUAGCUGGGGUUCUGCAGUCGCCGUCCUGCUCACUCUCACACCGAUGAUCUGCAUCCCCAUCUUCGUCCUGGUUGCCAUCAAAAAGUGUCUGUGCCGACCAUCUAAUUCUUGCCAGGGUCCUGGCCUGAUCGUACCCUCUGCUGACCUGCACCAGCGCAGCCCAAACAAGCCUCGGCUAACACUAUGUGAGCAUGUCAUCAUUAAGAGACAGAAGCUUUCUCACACAGAGGGAGAAAAAAGUGUUGAGGAAAAAGCUCUGAAAGAGGACACCACUGACAUGUGAGGUGAAGUAUGACAUCAGCAGACAGUCUCUGACCUCGUUCUCUCUGGAUGGAAGCAGAAACUCCUUGCUAGAUAAUGAAACCUCAAGUGAAAUAAACCUCAGCUAUAAUUCACAAAUGCAAGAAACUGAUACUGAUUGAUUGUGUAAGAUUCUGUUCGAUUUUUUUCCUUCUUACUUUUUUUUUAAUGUAUAAGCUAUAAGCUCAUAUAAAGGUGGACCUGAGCUAGCACUGCUGAUAUAGCUGUCCAUAAUAUAGGUACCUGGUGUCAUAGUUUAAUAUUUCAUCUCAUGGUUAUUUUUAGUCAUCUCAGUAUAAAUUAUGACUGAGACAACAUUGAGUGUAGUCAUUUUUACAUGGCUUUUGUACGGUUUUGUAAAACAAUAUACAACAAUUAUAUAAAUAUGAAUUUGUAUCCAUGUUGAAAUAUGUAACCAGAAUUAGUAAAAAGUGUCUACAACUGGUGUUUUUACAUUCCUAGCUCCAUUAUUUCAUUUAUAUUUAAUAUAUGUUUUUACUUCUAAGCAGCGCUGCUGUACAGCAAAAGCAGGUAAAGCUCUAAUUAUAGUAUUGUGAGUGUAUAUAUUUUUUUAAUUUCAGAUAUUUGGCCUGUUUUGUUGUACAAUUGUAUUUGAGUCAUUUCAUUCAAAUAAUCCUAUUUCAGAUACCAAAAAAUUAGCAAUUUUGUUGGGGAUUUUUGUCUUUCUUGUGUUUUUUUUUUUUGAUACUGGAUAUUCUGUGUGGCAUUUUGGAUAUUCUCUCCAUUUUUGUGUGGGUUUCUUUCUGGGUUCUCUGGUCUCCUCCACUGUCCAAAAAUAUAUAGGUAGGCUGCACUAAAUUGCCCAUGAGUGUGAAUAAGCAUGUGUGUGUAUAAUGCCCUGUGCUGGACUGGCGUCUCACCUGGGGUGAAUUCUCCUACCUUGUGCCCACUGAUUAUGGGAUUAUCUCCAGAUCCACCGUGACCCUGACCAGGAUAAAGUGGUUACUGAAGAUGAAUGAAUGAACUUUGGAUAUUUAACCUAUACUUUAGUUGGACAUGUAUAAUAAUUCUACAGCCUCUUUAAUUUUCAUAGAGUACAUGCAAGCCAGCAGGUUAAUAAUAAAUAUACAGUUAAAUAUUUCAGACCAGUGUUGGACAUUUAACCAAUGUUUGCCCAAAUUGUUAACUGAGCAAGUUGUCGGAUUUGUUUUGUUUGACAAAAAUAACUUACAUUUGG